AUGUCUUCUGCCAACAGCAUCAAGGUCGUCGCCCGGUUCCGACCGCAGAACCGGGUCGAGAUCGAGUCGGGCGGCCAGCCCAUAGUCAAGUUCGAUGGCGACGAUACGUGUACUGUUGAUUCCAAAGAGGCGCAAGGCUCCUUCACGUUCGACCGAGUCUUUGACAUGUCCUGCAAACAGUCGGACAUCUUCGACUUUUCGAUCAAGCCGACGGUGGACGACAUCUUGAACGGCUACAAUGGAACCGUCUUUGCUUACGGCCAGACUGGUGCUGGAAAGUCGUACACCAUGAUGGGAACCAACAUCGACGACGAUGAAGGACGAGGUGUCAUCCCCCGUAUCGUCGAGCAGAUCUUCGCAAGCAUUCUGUCCAGCCCAAGCACCAUCGAGUAUACUGUUCGUGUCAGCUACAUGGAAAUCUACAUGGAGCGCAUCCGUGAUUUGCUGGCACCCCACAACGACAACUUGCCAGUGCACGAGGAGAAGAAUCGUGGUGUAUAUGUCAAGGGCCUUUUGGAAGUAUAUGUAUCGAGCGUACAGGAGGUCUACGAGGUCAUGAGGAGGGGAGGAAACGCCAGGGCUGUGGCUGCCACCAACAUGAACCAGGAGUCAUCCCGAUCCCAUUCGAUCUUUGUCAUUACUAUCACCCAAAAGAACGUCGAGACUGGCUCGGCCAAGAGUGGACAGCUAUUCUUGGUUGAUUUGGCCGGUAGCGAAAAGGUCGGCAAGACGGGAGCCAGUGGACAAACCCUCGAGGAGGCCAAAAAGAUCAACAAGAGUUUGAGCGCCCUGGGAAUGGUCAUCAACUCUCUCACUGACGGCAAAUCUUCCCACGUUCCAUACCGAGACUCGAAGCUUACCCGUAUCCUACAAGAAUCACUUGGUGGCAACAGUCGAACAACGCUCAUCAUCAACUGCUCGCCUAGCUCCUACAACGAUGCUGAGACGCUCAGCACUCUGCGUUUUGGCAUGAGAGCGAAGUCCAUCAAGAACAAAGCCAAGGUCAAUGCUGAGCUCAGUCCUACCGAACUCAAACAGCUGCUUGGCAAAGCCAGGACUCAGAUCACUUCUUUUGAAAAGUAUAUAGUGAGCCUUGAGGGCGAGGUACAGCUAUGGCGUUCCGGAGAAACCGUACCAAAGGACAAGUGGGUUCCGCCGCGUUCAGCGGAUGGUGCCGCCCCUGCGACCAAGGGUGCACCACCUGCUCGACCUGCAACACCAUCCAGGCUGGUUGCGGAAACCGCCAGCAGAUCAGAGACGCCGGCAUUAACAGAGCGCUCCGGGACGCCUUCGAUACCGCUGGAGAAGGAUGAGAGGGAAGAGUUCCUACGGCGGGAAAACGAGCUCCAGGACCAGCUCGCAGAGAAGGAGUCGCAGGCGACAAAUGCUGAGCGGCAGGUGCGCGAGAUGAAAGAAGAGUUGACUAUACUCAAGGAACAUGACGGCAAGCUGGGCAAGGAAAACGAGAGACUCAUGAGCGAGCAGAAUGAGCUCAAGUUGCAGUUCGAACGCAUCAACUUUGAGAGCAAAGAGGCUCAGAUCACCAUGGACGCUCUCAAGGAGGCAAACGCAGAGCUGACAACGGAACUCGAUGAGUUGAAGCAGCAGUUGCUUGAUGUUAAAAUGAACGCCAAGGAGUCCGGGGCCGCUCUUGAUGAGAAAGAGAAGAGGAAGGCGGAAAAGAUGGCCAAGAUGAUGGCCGGCUUUGAGCUGGGUGCAGACGUCUUUAGUGACAACGAAAAGUCCAUCGCCGACGCCAUCAAGCAGCUGGAGGCUCUGCAGGAGCUCAGCAAUUCAGGCGACCCAAUCCCGCCCGACGAGCUCAAGGCUUUGCAGUCCAAGCUUGUUGCCACUCAGGGGAUCGUGCGCCAGGCAGAACUUUCGCUCUACAGCAGUGCCUCCAGCGGUUCUGAAGCGCGCCGCAGGGUGGAGUUGGAGCAGAGGUUGGAGACUCUCCAGCAGGAGUACGAGGAUCUUCUAUCACGCAACCUCGGCGAGGGUGACGUCGAAGAGCUCCGAGCACGGCUCGAGAAGGCCUUUACCGACAAGCAAGGCGCGCAGACCGACCUGGUCGACGACUUGAAGGCCGAGAUCGAGCGCAAGACUGCCGAGGCGGAGCGCAUGAAGGUCUUGAUCGAGGAGCUCCAGCGCCAGGCAAAGGCCUCGGGUGCCAACGGAAACGCCGGUGUGUCGCCCGUCAUGAACGGCAAGUCAGUGGCACAGCAAAUGGCCGAAUUUGACGUCAUGAAGAAGAGUCUCAUGCGGGACCUCCAGAACCGCUGCGAGCGUGUGGUUGAGCUUGAGAUCUCACUCGAUGAGACGCGCGAGCAGUAUAACAACGUGCUCCGGUCGAGCAACAACCGGGCUCAGCAGAAGAAGAUGGCCUUCCUGGAGAGGAACUUGGAGCAGCUCACGCAGGUGCAGCGCCAGCUUGUGGAGCAGAACUCCAGCCUCAAGAAGGAGGUUGCCAUUGCGGAGCGCAAGCUCAUUGCUCGCAACGAACGGAUCCAGAGCCUCGAGAGCCUGCUGCAGGACAGCCAGGAGAAGAUGGCCCAGGCCAACCACAAGUUCGAGAUGCAACUCGCCUCAGUCAAGGAGCGCCUCGAGGCAGCCAAGGCUGGCAGCACCCGAGGAAUUGGGUCGCCAACAGGGCUGGGUGGCUUUAGCUUCACGAAUGCCGGGAGCCGGAUUGCCAAGCCCCUACGUGGCGGCGGCGGCGGCACUGACAACACUGCAGCCAACCCUACGAUCAGCAAUCUGCAGUCUAGUGAUAACAAGAGGUCAAGUGUAAGUGCAAUUCUCUCGCCGUGA